GAGAAACACGCCUGAGGAAGACCUGCAGCGGGAUUACACAGCGUGGUUUCCAAGCACACGAAGAAAAAAGACAAAGUUGUGUAACGCCGUGUGACAUAAACGUACAUGAUCCUUCCAGCCUGAGGAGGAAGGUCCAUAUAUGGGCAGACAGGUGUGACUGAAGGUGUAGCUACAACUUUACAGCUGUGCUGAGAGUGGUUUCAACUGGACUGCAGUGCAGAGACAGAGACAUACAGCAGAUCCUCCACAGAAGCAGCUUCAUAUGCUGCUUGAAGUCUUUGGAGAGGACUGAUGGAUCACAGUGGGGAGUGUAGCAGAGCAGUGUUGGUGUCUGUGGUCAAGUUUGACCACGGGGUUGGCCUGGAGAGGAGGUCUGGAGCCAAGAAGGACACCAAGAGUCUCCACCGGACCCUCAGCAAACUGGGCUUCAAGGUGGACAUCCACACCGACCUCAGCAGUGAAGAAAUCUACAAGCUGUUUCUGGAAGAGAGCCGGCGGCCUGUGAAGGACUGUUUUCUGGCCGUCUUGUCGUCUCACGGGGAGGAGGGCUGCGUGUUCGGAGCUGAUGGGAAACCCGUCCGACUGGCUCGUAUCUUCAGAUAUUUUGACAACGAAUAUAUGGAGAAAAAGGCCAAAGUGUUCCUCAUACAGGCCUGUCGGGGACACGACCUGGACGAUGGCGUGGAGGUGGAUUCAGCUGGUGACACCCCCGAGUGCAGCUUUUCGCAGCAUCUCUCCGUUCCCGUAGAUACAGCUGUGAUGUACGCCACAGCGCCAGGUUACUUUGCUUUCAGGAACGCACUCGGCUCCGUCUUCCUCCAGACUUUCUGCACUUUAUUAGAGGAGGAAGGCAAUCGCAACCUGGAGCUGACUCGCCUCAUGACCCGCCUCUCCCACAGAGUGGCCUACACCUUCCAGGCCAAAGGUGGCGCGCUGGGCGGGAAGAAAGAGAUGCCGUGCCUCCUGCACCGACUGACCAGGGAGGUGUUCCCGUUCGCCGAGAAAGGCAGCGGGGCCGCGGGGCUCUCGGCCACGUCACUGGUCAGCACUGAUAACGUCAGAACACAGACUCCGUCAAUCUGUUAGACUGUAGCACGCGACUGAAACCAGUAACUAUCAGCAGGUAUGUAGAUGGAUGAGAGGAGAUAAGCUGCAAACAGCUGAUGAAUUCACAGAAGAACUGAGAAACCAGUUUGUAUUUUCCUCUUCCUGUUUUACUUCCUGUAGGCAAGUCAUUUCUGUUUUAUUUAUGUGGUCCAAUAUCACAAACCACAAUUAACCUCAAGGGGCUUUGAAAUCUGAACAUCAUACAGCUCCCUCUGUCCUUAGACCCUCGAUUCGUAGGAAAUCCAAAGAUAUCAUCAAGGAAAUGUCUGCUGGAAUACUGUAUUGUACCAGUGGUGGAAAGUAUUUACUCAAGUGCUAAGUAGGCUACGAAUUCGAGGUACUUGUAUUUGAGUAUUUCCAUUUGAUGCUACUUUCUACUCCGCUACAUCUCAGAGGCAAAUAUUGUUGUUUUUACUCCACCACAUUUAUCUGACAGCUUUAGUUACAGUUCAGAUCCCCUUCCUGUCCAGUGAAAACCUCAUAUCUCCAGAUGUUUGUGAUGAACUGAAGGAUGAAGAGUUUCCUUUACACGCUGAGAAAACUCUCCUCCUCCUGAAGCUGAAUAAACUCUUUAACCCCCCCUCGGAUCAGCUGGAAAACGCAUCGUCACAAAGCUUUUCUCAUGAAAAGUCGACUUUUUAGAGAUACGUGGUUCUCGCAGGACAGCAACGCUACAAACACGUGAUGAUCUUAUAGACCAUGAUGCAUUGCUGCAGGUUAAACUACCCAACAGUAUAUAAAGCAGUUAAAAUGAGCUCGACCUUAAACAUCUGCAGCAGUAAAAUGCAACACACACAUGAAUGCAGCAGGAAUAUGAAUCCAGAAACAUCAGAUAUAAUAAAACACUGACAGGAGCGCUUUUACUGCACAGGGACGACUUUUACUUUAACUACAUUCAGCUGAUAAUACUUACAUACUUUUACUAAAGUAAGGUUUUGAAUGCAGGACUUUAGCUGGUAGUGGAGUAUUUUCACAGUACUUUUAGUCAAGUAGAGGAUCUGAAUACUUCUUCCACCACUGUAUCGUACAUACCUUUGUAGUAGAUUGUAAUAUAUUUAAAUGUAAGGCUUUAUUUGAUUUACUGAUGUAUGUUAUUAAAGAAUAAUUUAAUUCACA